CAAAAUAGAGUGACCGGUAUUCGCUUAGUAGUGCAUACAUAACCAAAAUAAGUGCAAUGUCGGAGAAAUAUUUAAAUCUUCUUUGCUAAAAUUUGGAAACACUGUUUGCUUGGUUGGUGCUGGUGGUACAAGUAGGUACCAUCAGUUUUUUACAUUCAUAACAACAAGAUAUAAAAACUAAUAGUAAAGCAUACGCAACAGAACACAAUGAGUGAUGAAAUUAGUAAUGAUGAUACAAGUUUUAUACCAGAUUUACCAAAUGGACCAUUGGAUUAUUACAGGCAGAAGGCAUCAUUUGAUUGGAAAAAAAUGGUCUUAGUCACUGAAAAGCCAAAUUUAUUACGUUUAAAGUAUAAAAUAUGGAAUGAUUUAGAAGACGAUCCACUGUUUCAACAUUCAACAGAAUCACUUCCAAUAGACGAAAAUAAACGCCUGGUAGCGAUUCAACAUACUAAGUUUUGUACACAUUAUAAAUAUCAUCCUGCUGACAUUGAUUCAUAUCGAUUUGGAGAAAAGUAUGAAUUACUUAUGGCUAUAAAUUCAGCAUUAUAUUUAACUCAUCCAGAACUAUCGAUAAAGAUAGCACUGGGUCAAGUAUUAUUUGGAAACAGUAUUUUAAGUUUGGGUACAGAACGACAUCUGAAAUUUUAUAAAGCCGCUAACGAAAGAAAGAUUUUAUCAUGUUUAGCUUUAACGGAGGUCGCGCAUGGAAGUAACACGAAACAAAUGAGAACCACUGCCACUUAUGAUCCGUCCACGCAGGAAUUUGUAAUAAACACGCCGGAUUUUGAAGCAGCAAAAUGUUGGGUUGGAAGUAUGGGUAAAACGGCGGUUGUAGCAUUAUUAUUUGCUCAAUUGUAUACAAAUGGUAAAUGUCACGGUUUACAUGCAUUUAUUGUUCCAAUAAGAAAUCCAAAAACACUCGAACCAUUUGGUGGUAUUAUUGUUGGUGAUGUUGGUGAAAAAAUUGGAGUUAAUGGAAUUGAUAAUGGGUUCAUUAUGUUUAAUAAUUAUCGCAUACCACGUGAAUAUUUAUUAAAUAAAGCUUCUGAUGUAACACCCGAAGGGGAAUAUGUUACAAGUUUCGCUGACCCUGCACGAAUUUUAAGUGCUAUGUUACAAAACCUAACAAUUGGUCGAAUGGCAAUUGCAAUUGAUGCUGCAAAUACUUUAGCAAAAGGUGUGGUAAUAGCCAUACGUUAUGCAGCAGUUAGAAAACAAUUUGGUCCUUACAAAUCUAAGGAAGAAUUUCCAAUUUUGGAAUAUCAACUACAUCAAUACCGACUGUUUCCAUUAUUAGCUACUGCUUACGUAAUGAAAAUUUUUACACAUUUAUUUUUCUAUCUAUAUUUAAAAGAAGUUGAACGCUCAAAUAUUGGUAGUGAAAAUGUAUUAGAAUCUGUAUCAGAAAUACACGCAAUCUUAUCAAUAUGUAAACCACUAGCAACAUGGUCAUCAUAUUAUGGUUUAGGUGAAUGUCGUGAAGCUUGCGGUGGACAUGGAUAUUUAAAAGUAGCUUCAUUAGGUGAUAUACGUGCAAAUAUUGAAGCGACAAUUACGUAUGAAGGUGAUAAUAAUGUUUUAUCACAACAAACAUCAAAUUGGUUAUUGCGACAGUGGAAGAAUGUAUUAAAUGGCUCAAAUAUUGAUUCACCAUUUAAUACCAUCGAUUUUCUAUGUAAUGCUCAAAAUAUCUUGCAGACAAAAUUUUAUUUAAAUAAUGUGAAUGAAGUAUUAUCACAUGAAUUUAUUGUAAACGCUUAUCAGUGGUUGAUUUGUUGGUUAAUUAAGGAUACACAUGAACUGCUGGAAAAGAAUGAAAAACAAAAUCAAUGUAAAUUUACAGCACGAAAUAAUGCACAAGUAUAUAAUGCGCGAGUUUUAGCAAAAGUAUACGGUGAAAAUUUAGCUUUAAAAAUGUUCUGGGACCAUAUAAAUCAACAGAAAUUUGAUAGAACAUUACAACAACCAUUAAAGCGACUUUAUUUAUUAUAUGGUUUAAAUAAUUUAGAAAAAAAUAUAGCUUACUUUUAUAAAGCAAAUGUAGCCAAUGAGAAUUUAGUACGAAUUAUACAAGAUGCCAUAUUAGAAUUGUGUGAUAAAAUUAAACCAGAUGCUGUACCAUUGGUUGAUGCAAUAGCAUAUCCAGAUUAUGUUAUGAAUUCUGUACUUGGUAGAGCUGAUGGACAAGUAUAUCAACAUUUACAAACACACUAUUUCCAGAAUCCAGGUUCAUUGGGGCGACCAAAAUGGUGGAAUGAGAUAAUUAUUAAAGAUGCACCAAAUUUCAAAGACGUCAUUUUAUCAAAGAUCUGAUCUGUUUUUUUUGUUGUUUCUUUUUAUAUAAAACAAAUUUAUUUACAACAAAUUGUGUACCUACCUUUUUAUUAUUAUAUUUUAUUAAGUGUUAAA